CAGAGCUGAGGAAUGUCGACGACGGCGAAGUGAAGUGUUGAAUUUGAGCCGUGGAUUUAUUCCAGGUACUCUCGAAGUUUGGACAAGUUCAUAUUGGAAAUUUUUAAACUAGGUUGAAUGCACCGUUUAAAGCUGGAGAAGAGGUUAUCUCAUAAACUUUCGGAUGAGCCAGAUGUGAUGUUUCAUUGUAGGGCGCCCAUAGAUUGAAACAAAGCUUCCACAAAGCUGUUCCUAACUUUCAGCGUUUCCAGUUGACAAGCCAGGAACUUCAUGGUUCUAAAGACACAGCUGCAUCAGGCCAUGGUCAAAUAUCUGAGUUUGAUUCCUUGACCUGUUGGUUUCUAGAUGCUGUCUGAUUUCUGCUACCUUUGACCUUCUGAUCUACCAACCAGGAAACUUCCUGUUUGAAACCAGCCAAUCAGGAUUCGUCCUGAUUUUAACCAGCCAAUCAGGAAUCUUCCUGUUUUUGACUGACAACCAGUGCUUUUCUAUAUAUGAACUGACCAAUCAGGAACAUUCCUAUUUUUAGCCAGCCAAUAAGGAACCUUUUUGUGUUUGAACUAGCCAAUAACCAUGAAGGAAGAGGACAUUGAGAUAGCCAUCAAGGUAGUGAUUGUUGGGAAUGGAGCUGUGGGAAAGUCUAGUAUGAUCCAGAGAUAUUGCAAAGGUAUCUUCACUAAAGACUAUAAGAAGACCAUCGGAGUUGAUUUUCUAGAAAGACAAAUAGAAUUCAAUGAAGAAGAUGUUAGAUUGAUGCUAUGGGAUACAGCAGGACAGGAAGAGUUUGAUGCUAUCACUAAAUCAUAUUACAGAGGUGCCCAGGCUGGUGUAUUAGUCUUUUCUACAGUAGACAGAGAUUCAUUUGAAGCAAUUGAUAAAUGGAGAGUAAAAGUGGAAGAUGAAGUUGGAAACAUUCCUCUUGUCCUUGUGCAAAACAAGAUAGACUUGGUAGAGCAAGCAGUACUAGAACCAGAAGAAGCUGAAGCAUUAGCAAAGAGGAUGAAACUUCGAUUCUAUCGGACAUCUGUUAAGGAAAAUCUGAAUGUGGAGGAUGUGUUUCGCUACCUUACAGAGAGAUACAUUGAGAGAUUACAUUCAACAGAACCAGAAGAUAACUCAACGAUAAGUGCCAAGAUUGGUAUAUUCAACACAUCCACCACACCGUCGCAGAGUGAAAAUAACGGCAAUGGUAACGAAGCUAAUCAGACAAUACAGCUGAAACCUAUGAAACAACGAACAAAGGGCAAAAAGAGUGCCUUUAAAUGCUCAAUACUUUGAGGAUGAAUUUCCUUCUAAUGUAGAUAAGUCAUAUAAGAAUGAUGCAUAAUUGUAUGGAAUCAAGGUCCAGUAGCAUGAUAUAUCACAUGACCUGCAUUGCAAGUGUCAGGUGACCUUAUCACUAUAGAUCACUAGAUAUCACAUGUAUCAGAUGAUCUGUAGAUGUGUUGCUACUGUAAUACUGAAAUCCAGCUGUUUGCAACCUGUGUCUUUUUUUAUUUUUGGAGUCCUUUUCACAGUUGAUAAGCAAUCAGAGGUACUGGCCCUACACAUCAAAGAGUUUUGACAGUUUAAAAUCUAACUCAAAUUGUGAUUGAUCUCAAUAUUGGAUACAUGUAGAUUAUGAUUUGAAUCUAUCACAAUCAUCUAAGCAGCACUAUUAUUAUGCUGGCAAGUGAUUGGUCUCUGAAGUCUUUUAGAUAUGGACCAGAGACAGAUUGUUAUAAAAUAUUAUAUUGUAGAAUAUGUGAUAAGAUAUCAUUCCAUAGUUCAAUGUUUUGUCAUAUGGAUGUAAAGAUUAUUGAAAAUAAUAAGAAACCUUGAGGAAUUAGUUACCCAGGACUAAAAUCCAAUUAAAACUAAAACUAGUUGAAAAAAAUUACCAACAAGUUCCAGUUGCAACCAUAUAAUAAUAAUGUUACAUUUAUAUUGCGCUAUACUGUUUCUAAGUGCUUUAAUGUAAUUAUUAUACCCCUGGUCAUUGGAUCCUUCACUGUUCCACACAUAAAGUGCACCAUCUCCACUCCCUGGGGAACAUCCUGGUCAGGCAACCAUAUUUUACCACUGCACUUACAUGUAUGCCAAUUUCAUCACAUUGACGUUCACAUUCUACCGAGUACCAAUUUAACACCUGGAUGGAGAGCGCCAGAUGGGAUUUGAACCCUUGGCUCUCGAGUCAAGUGACUUACCACUACACCGCAGCGCCCUCACAACUGUAAAAUGGUUUCAGUUGCCUAAUUGGGUUUAAUUGGGACCAUCUUGCAACUAGUUCCAAUUGGAACCAGUUGUUGAAAUGUUCUUAUUUAUCGAAAUCUACGGGCAACUGGUUUCAAAUGUUAUUUUUUUACAACUUAGUUUCAAGUGGAAUAUAUCUGGAGACCUAAUAUUUCUCUUUAUGAUUGUCUUGCAUACUACAUGCAUGCUUGUACCUUGUGAACAUUAUUCUAUUGUAUCUCUUUGUACUGAGAUCAGUUUUUUAAUAAUAAAGUUUUUUUUUGUACAUGUGUAUUUAUAAGCGGUUUGCAGAAAGAGUUGUAAUCAAAAGCAACUCAUAAUUCAAAGUUGAUUUCAACCAAUUAGAAUCUCCUGAAUUCAAACAGAAGUUGAUUUUCAACCAAUUAGAAUCUCCUGAAUUCAAACAGAAGUUGAUUUUCAACCAAUUAGAAUCUCCUGAAUUCAAACAGAAGUUGAUUUUCAACCAAUUAGAAUCUCCUGAAUUCAAACAGAAGUUGAUUUUCAACCAAUUAGAAUCUCCUGAAUUCAAACAGAAGUUGAUUUUCAACCAAUUAGAAUCUCCUGAAUUCAAACAGAAGUUGAUUUUCAACCAAUCAGAAUCUCCUGAAUUCAAACAGAAGUUGAUUUUCAACCAAUCGGAAUCUCUUAAAUUCAAACAUAAGUUUAUUUUCAACCAAUUAGAAUCUCCUGAAUUCAAACAGAAGUUGAUUUUCAACCAAUCGGAAUCUCCUAAAUUCAAACAGAAGUUUAUUUUCAACCUGUUUGAAUCUCCUAAAGACCUAACCCUAAGGCCUUUGGAAGUAAUUAUCAUGUUUUCAGCAAUCUGUCACAUCUGCCAACUCAGAUAAUGAUUAAAUUUACCACAAUGGCAUUUCUUCAUUUCAAGACACAUAUACAUAUAGUUGUGUUGAUAUACCUACUUUUGUAUUCAAAGUGUCUUUUGUAAUUGAUGCUCUCUUUAGAUGCUCUGCUAGAUUUACAAUGAGAUAGAUGAAAGCAUUAAAUAGUCUACAUAUAACUGAAGGGCUUAAAUGUCCGCAACAGUACAUUGGCAUGUCAUUGAUGUAAAGUGGUUAAUUUACAUGGAAAAUCUUUUGAAAAUGUUUGGGUAUCAUAAUGGAAGCUGGGCCAUCAACCGAUGUGAUGAAUUUAUUGUUGAUUAGUUAAUUACAUUGUUGAUAUAAGUUGCCACUUUAUUCUGGGCUCUACAUGUAUGUUUGUUAUCAAACAAAAUAAACUAUUUAAUGGCUAAAUUACAAUCAAUAUCAGACAUGUUCUAUUCAAAACACUGACUGGGAUCCAAUCAGAAUUGUUCUUUUACAAUCCAUUGUAAAGCUUUGUGUUUAAUAGUGGGAUCAGACUAGUAUCAAUCCAUUGUAAAGCUUUGUGUUUAAUAGUGGGAUCAGACUAGUAUCAAUCCAUUGUAAAGCUUUGUGUUUAAUAGUGGGAUCAGACUAGUAUCAAUCCAUUGUAAAGCUUUGUGUUUAAUAGUGGGAUCAGACUAGUAUCAAUCCAUUGUAAAGCUUUGUGUUUAAUAGUGGGAUCAGACUAGUAUCAAUCCAUUGUAAAGCUUUGUGUUUAAUAGUGGGAUCAGACUAGUAUCAAUCAUAAUGUCAAUAAUCAAGGUCAUCAGGUAUUACAAGGUACCUGUGUUUAGUAUGUAUGUUAUUUCAACACUGAUACUAACAAAGUAUAUGAUUUUAAUAUUAUGUACAUGUAUAAAUCUAGCUAUAUACUGUAGUACUGCCUUUAUUAUGUACCUGUAAAUGUGUGUACUAACAAUUCUGUUAUCAGCUUCUUAUGUAGAAAAGGUAUUUAUCAUUAAAGUACUGAAUAGCUCUAAUGAUUUUAUUUGUAGAUCAACUAGGAAACCAUAGAGUGGUAAUUUAUUUGGUACAGUGUUGAAAGGGUUGAUGACAAAAAAUGAGAUUUUUUUUAUUAUGUCAAUAAGGAUAUCACCAAAGAUAAAAAUCAAAUUGCAACUUGCAUUAUUAUUACUCUUAUCUCUAUCUUAAAAGAGAAUUAACUGAGUUCUGUUUUCAAUCAGCCAUGUAAGUGAGCCUUGAUUAUGAGUGUAAAGGAAGAAACGAUUCAAACCAAAUAUCAGCAUGUAUCUCACCUACAUGUACAUGUAUGUGGAUUAGACACAAACCAAAAUCAUUUUAUGAAAGUGAUGAAUAGGUACCAAGCAGGAUGAAUUCAUUGCAUUUUUACAGCUGAAUGAUGAUCUAUAGGCAAGGUAUAGUGCACUAUUAAAUAGGCAAAUGGAUGAUUGGCACCUUAUAAAUGAUAUAUAUCAUUAUUAAAUGAUUUUAUGACUUGCAUACCUAGAAGUUCAACUGCACGAUGUAAUAUCGAGCUAACAAAGGAAGCAUUACAUGGUCAAAGUAUAUAUUAUACACAUAUGUAAUGCACUCAAUGGUAAUGUGGCAGGCUAAAAUGCUCUCAAUGGUAAUGUGUUACAUACAGUACAUGUAUCUUGGUGAUGAUGCUACCAUGAUAGAAUGACAUGGGGUUAGGCUAGUUCUCUGAAAUCCAUGGUACACUAAUAAGAGCCUGUGAAAUUUCUAAAGGAUCCAAUCUAAAGUGUAUAUCAUAGCAAAUUUUGUCUUGUGAGUUCAUAUAGUAGCCCCAUGCAAUUAUAUAUUAAUUUUUAGCCUGCUACCCACGUGGGACACCUGUGAAAUAGGUUGAUGUUUAUAUCAGUUUGUAAGUUAUGACUUUUUGAUUGAUGAUGUAGGGAGCAUUCUAUGAUACAUAUCAAAUCUUUUAUCAAAGUGACAUAGCCUGUUUUAUCUAUUAGUUACUAUAGUAGCAGUCAGAUAUGUGCUUUUCAGCCAACAAACAACAAUAUCUGACUUCUAUUUUACUUUGCUUCUUAAUCCUCGUAAUAUCAGCUUAUAUGAAAAUGCCAUCUUUGAAAAAUAAAAUUCUUGAUGAUGAGCAUUGAAUGAGUAGUUUAUCAUUUGUCAAAAUUUUUAUCUGUGAAAUUUGCAGGAAAUCUUACUUUGCUAUGUAACCCUAUCUAGGCCGGGGGAAGGGGGGGGCCUGGGAGGCCCCCUUCCUCAACGAAUUGUGUGAUAUUUUUUGCCGCGCGAAAUUUUUUGACCGCGCCGCUCAAUGACUUUUUUACUUUCAAGUCUUGUGCAACUUUUGAGACCAAUU